UGCCUUGACACAUGAUGGUGCCUACCAAAUGGGCCCAACCGGCUUUUUUUUUUUUUUUAAAUUAACUAGAAAAAUAGACGCUCACUGCUCGUUCGCAUUAGUUAGAAAACCGUGCGAGGAAAUUAAAAGAAACAACUGGAUUUUGUAAAACACCUUUAACCGCUUUAGGGUUCGUAAAGUGACAAUAGUGUUGGCGAAGUAGCUGGCAGACCUGCGCGAAUAAAAGUGAAGUUGCUUCCAAGUUGCACCUUUUUCAACAAAUCACCUUUUUGCAAUUAGCAGAGAAGGUUGCCGUUUUCGGGGAAGGGACUGCAACUGAGUUAAACGUCAUCCCAUGGCCAUCGCACGUUUUCCCGGGAAGAGCGUGGACACAAACUGGAGCUCCCCGAAACUGGAGCGACUCGUGUGCGUAAACGGGACGCCCUGGAUCCUUUACCUGCUGGAGGAGUGUGCGGAUAACGCGUGGCAGUACAGCAGCGUUGUGUUCGGCCUCGUUUCUAUGCUUUGCAUCCUGCUAUCUACUUUCCCCCAGGUCCAUGAAUCCUAUCAGAACGGUAAAGCGGAUGAGGCCAUGUCUUUCGGCUUCCUCCUCUUCCUUUUCAGUGGUGACAUUGCCAAUUUGGUAGGCUGCUACCUCACCAGACAGUUGCCAAUUCAGGUGGUCACAGUGAUUUUCUACAUCUUUACAGACCUGAUUCUCAUCUCACAGUUUAUUUACUAUAAGAUAAAGAACAACUCAAACAGAGAGAAUCCUGUGUUGAAAUGGCUGUGCUGUCUGUGGUGUGGUGCUGGAAUACUACUGCUGCUGUUUUUACCCAAACUCAUCAUAGAUGAUAUUAAAACCUCCAAAUCUCUUUCACCAACUUUAUCUAAAUCAUUGGAAGUUUCUGGCUUUGUAUGUGGAUACCUCAGCACCGUCUUUUAUAUUUCAUCCCGCUUCCCACAGCUGUAUAAAAAUUUCCAAAGGCAGUCUACCGAAGGCACCUCCUACCUGCUAUUUGCACUGGUUAUGAUUGGCAAUUUGUCCUACUGCUUGAGCAUCAUAAUGGCCUUACCGGCAACAAAGGAGUCCAAACAGAAUCUCAUCAUCAAGCAUCUGGCCUGGCUCAUCGGCAGUCUGGGAGUCCUAAUUCUAGACGUCUUUGUAACGAUCCAGUUCGUUCUGUACAGGAAGAAUAAGUCCGCCAGAAGACAUGCAGCAGUCGCCGGACUGGAAGUUCAACCUCUGAUGUGCGGGGAAGUGGAGCUAUCAGUCUUGGACUAAACCUGAGCGUCCAAAUCGCCAUUUGGCUGUACUUUGUUUGAAAUCACCGUGUGGCCUUUCAUAUUUGGGUUUUUGCCUAAGUGUAUAUGACUUGAUGGUAUUGACUUGGAAAACAGCACAAUCCAGUCAUGUGUUACACUGUGAUAGAAAGAAGGAAGACCUUACGCUUCAACACUUAAUUUAUUAUUGACUCAAUAGUUAGGGUUGAUAUUUAUUACAUGCUGUGGGGCCAAUGGAAACAUUUAGUUUGUUUAUCUUUAUCGUGGAGUUGACUGCACUUACAACCCCAAAUCUACAAAUGUGAUUGGGAAGAGUCAAGCACAAUCAAUCCCUUACAAAAGCAGAAUGGCUUCUAUUUCCCCCCGUGGGGGCAGAUCGACAUCACCUAGCCGAAGUUCACUUGUCCACUAGUGUGCAGUUAUGUGGCGCAGCGGACAAGUUGGGAAACACAAAUAUUCUUCCGCCACUCUAACCCUAACCCACGGCAGACGUACUGUACUUUGUGCUUAUUUGAACUAACACUUCUGUCACUAGGUGUGGCUCUGGAUUUUCAUGUAGUGCGGAAAGACGGUCCCAGAGAAACUCUAUUGAGGCAAUUAUGUAAAGUUCUGAAGUUGUGUUGACAAGAUUUUUAAAAUUCAGAAUGGCUCGCUCACAGACACCUCUUCAAAAAGAGGCCAACUACACCUACUUAGUUGAUUGUAUCCAAACUUAAAGGUCAAGUGUCAUGCCUACAAACAUUCUAACAUAGAUAUUGUAAGGAAAAAUACAUAUAACAUUAUUCACUUCAACGUCCAUACGAAAAAAUAAAUAUGAGCGGAGAGCACGUCAUCCAAUGCGUAAAGUUGUGG